GCCUCUCACUCACUUUUACUCUCUGAUAUUUUAUUAUGUCAACAUUAUCUUUUGCAAAUGCCUUGAACACGUAGAGAAGAGAAGAUACUAAGACCAUGUUUUGUUCCUCUUCUCCGCCUUCAGUUAUGAUGCUUCAUGAACAAGCUGCUCCAGCAGUUGCUGCCUCCUGGUCUUCUAGUUCUGCAGCUCAGCAUUUUCCUGCCUCUGUUCUUUUACAAGAGCAGCGUGAUGAGUAUAAGCCCCUACUUCACGUCUAUAAUAAGGAGGCAACAUUAAAUACUAGGCAGAUGGAUAUGACCUCAGUUCAUGAGAAAAGCAACACUGACAAUGCUGAUCAGUUAGUACAUGACUUCGUUCAGCAGUUACAUCUCCGGUCUCAUUUACAGAACUUAUUGACUUGUUCUCCGACAAGGGGAAUUGCUCCUUCUUCGAUUCUGCAACCUGUUGAUAUUGAUUCAGAGAGGCCUGUAGAUGUUCUGCCAGGGGAUGCGGUUUCUCUUGCUCAGCAAGCUUUGUCAGCAUCAAAGCAAGCAGCUUCAAUAACUGAAGAGAUGACAUCAGUUGAAGCUGAUAAUGAUGACUCACUUCCAUUUGGUCGGGCCUCCACAAGUUUGGCUGACACUUCACUCAAAGAGAAUAAAAUUGUAAGGUCAACACGGAUUAUAGAAAGACGGUCUAAACAGAGAAAAGUAUCAAAGUCAAAAGAUUUUGACGAAGAGAGUUACCUUGCAAGAAAGUCUGAUGUACAAAGAAGGUUACAUUUAGAAAAGAAGUUAAAAGAAGCGUUUGAUCAAAAUGACCCCCUGCGCUUGUUCCUGUCGGGUCCUGAAUCAAGGCAACUUUUGACCCGUGAAGAAGAGUCUCAAUUGAUUACUCAGCUACAGGAUUUAUCAAGAUUGGAAGAAGUAAAAGUCAAGCUUCAAUCUCAGUUAAGGCGGGAACCAACAUUGGCGGAAUGGGCUGAUGUCGUGGGCCUCAGUUGUUGUGCCCUGCAGACACAGCUUCAUUCUGGUAAAAGAAGCAAAGAAAAGCUGUUUCAUGCCAAUUUACGCAUGGUAGUUCACAUUGCUAAACAUUAUCAGGGACGUGGUCUCAACCUUCAGGACUUAUUACAGGAGGGAAGUACAGGUCUUAUGAUGAGCAUCGAUAGGUUUAAACCUGAAGCUGGUUGCCGUUUUGGUACUUAUGCAUACUGGUGGAUAAGGCAUUCCAUAAGGAAGUCUAUAUUUCAACAUUCCAGGACAAUCCGUUUGCCGGAGAAUUUAUAUAGCCUUUUGGGGAAGGUAAUAGAAGCGAAGAAAUCAUACAUUCAGGAAGGAAAUCUUCGACCCAGCAAAGAAGAAUUAGCACAAAGGGUAGGAAUUACAGUAGAAAAGUUGGAAAAUUUGCUAUUUGCUUCAAGAACUCCAAUUUCGAUGCAGCAAACUGUGUGGGCAGACCAAGAUACAACGUUCCAGGAGAUUACUGCAGACUCAACAAUGGAGAUCCCAGAUGUGAUUGUUUCAAAACAACUAAUGAGGAGGCAUGUGCACAGCCUCCUAAAUAUCUUAAGCCCAAAAGAGAAGACCAUAAUCAGGCUAAGAUUUGGUAUUGAGGAUGGCAAGGAGAAAACGUUGUCAGAUAUUGGCAAGGUUUUUGGUUUGACCAAGGAGAGGGUCCGACAGUUGGAGAGACGAGCAUUAUCCAAGCUCAAGCAGUGUCUUGUAAGUCAAGGACUUGAAGCAUAUAUAGACUUGCUUGCAUAGAUAAGACGAGUAGAGCACAAGAUUAUGCAGUUCAUCUUACUUGGCUGUGACAUUUUUCCUUGCCAAGUGCAAAGCCAAUAAUUUGAUCAAUCUUUUGAAGAGAAAACAGACCCUCAGCCAUACUAAUAGAGGAUGAACGGGGGUUGCAAUUAGGAGUUAAGGAAAAUUCAAGAACUUAAAAAGCUUGUGCAGUUUGUAAAAAUUGAGAAGUCAAAAUUAACGCCAAUCAAACCAUGUUUUGAUUUAAAUUGCUGUAACAUAUAUUGGUGCCAUGUCAUUUUUUAUUAUUAUUAAUUUGCUUAUAAACGAGAGAUAUACA